AUGAACUCGUAUUAUCUUUGUGAAAAAAUCGUAGGUCCUCCGAUUGUUUACUACGUGCUCACGACCUUUUUUCAAUUAAUUAUAAAUAUUCAAACAAUAGUCGAGUACGUUAGUAUAAACGGGAUCCUGAUAUUUGCACUCAUAUGGACAGUAAAGAAUACGUUUUUAGUCACACUACUGAGUGUGGAAUGUGAAGAGAUUCACACUUCAUUGAAAAAUGUUCAAGUCGCAUGUAUUAUAACCAUGCAUAGUGAUAGCAAUCUUGAGUUUCUACGUGAAGUGCGGAAAAAGUUGCGCCGAAUAGGAAGACAGAAGUUCCAGCCACUAAGCGCUUUAGGCUUGUUUACGGUGAACGCCGCUUUACUCCUAAACAUGUUGUCCGCCCUAUCCACUUACACUGUGAUUCUGCUGCAAUUCGAUUUUUUA